GCCGCUGACUGAGAGCGGCAGUCCGCGUUGCUGUUGGAUGAGAAAGACUGCUCGACAGUGGUGUUAAGAAGAGGCAGAAAGAGAAAGUAAAAUGUGGACGGUAGUUCAUUUCGUGUGGUUAACCAUUGCCUUCAAGUAAUAACGUCUUACAUUUUUAAAAUUAUUUUUAACUUGCCUUUUUUUCAAUUUACAGAAGAUACAGCUAAGACAUUCACUGGCUGAUCAUUUUAUUUGCAGUCAUGUGUUGGACUAUUUUGAUACUGUGCGUACUGUCUACGGUUUGGGGAAAUAAAACAGAUCUCAGGAAGUCUUUCUUCUACGGACACGUGUUUGAAAACUCGCCACCCGGGUCCAGCGUAAACGGACUAACCAUUCCCGUAAAGCGAAUUAACCAGCAGAAAUGGUGCUCCGAGACUGGAGGGCUACACCUGAGACUGACUGGAGAGGGGAGCAGCGCUUUCCACUUAUACAACCACCAUAAGCAUGGCCACAUCCUCAUGAAGACAGCCAGGAUUUUGGACAGGGAAAUAAAAUCCGUAUACACCUUGCGCUUAUGCGUGUGUUGUCAAAGUUGCUUGACAGCGGAAAGUCCCGCAGCUGAAGUCGUCUCUAUAAAAGUUGAUGUGCUGGACACAAACGACCACCAACCUGCUUUUAAUGAGAGCCGUACAAAAAUCGUGCUAGCCGAUUCCACAGCUCUGAGGUCCAAGGUGUAUCAGGUAACGGCCAGCGACUUCGACUCUGGCAAGAAUGCAGAACUGUUUUACUUUACACUUCCCAAAAACGGUCUUUUUUACGUAGUCCCCAAAACUGGCGAAGUCAUAUUGGUGGAUUCAAUACUAGGCAGACUGGCCCCGAUUAAGUUCAACAUUUACGCCAGAGAUCACGGCCAUCCAAUUCUAACCAGCCAAAAACUGGAGGUUGAAAUUUGGCCCCGACAGUUGCCUGCGCCUGACCUAAAGGGGAGCGGAAAGGGUCUGCUGAGGAAAAGAAAGUCUUUACUACAGUCUGAGAACCCGGUGGUCGUCACUGUGUCUGAAGACGCAAGCAUCGGCUCUGUGGUCAUGAGUUUAAACCCUGUCAGGUUUCAGGCAGCUAGCUUCGAGAUGGUAUAUCCAACGGCAGACAGCGUCCCGGUGACUGUUGGCAGGGAUAGUGGGGACAUCGUGAUAUCCCGGAGACUGGACAGAGAAACGCAGUCCGUGGUGGAAAUCACAGUUAAAAUCCAGGACAAGCGAGGUCCAGAUUGGUACUUGAUGCGUGUUGAACUCAUAGUCACAGAUGUGAAUGACAAUUCACCAGAGUGGGCAAUGGUGCCAUUUCCAUUCUUAACGGUGGUGUCUCCUGAAGCAGCACCUGGCACGGUGGUCUACAAGCUGAUAGCUCGUGAUGGAGAUGAGGGGAUCAAUGGAGAGGUGGAAUUCUUCCUGUCAGAUGGUGGUGAUGGACGGUUUGAAGUUGAUAAGAAACGUGGCUUGAUCAAAACAACUGGAUUGCCACUGCAGAAGAACAAGGAAUACCAGCUCAAUGUGCUUGCUGUUGAUAAAAUGGGAAGUAGAAGUCAGCCAGCAGUAGUGUCUGUCAUGGCAGGACCACGUGGGCCACAAUUUACCAACAUUUCCUACACUGCCUCUGUGCCUGAAAGUACCCCAGUGGGACAGCCGUUUUUGACAGUCACAGCGACAUCUUUCCAGAAGAGAGUGCUCAGCUACAGCCUCCUCAUUAAUCCAAGCAGUCUGUUCAGUAUCCAGCAGGAUACGGGCAAGAUCAGUCUCACGAGAAACGUUGAUUAUGAGAACGAUCAGCACCGUUAUCUUCUACUUGUGAGAGCCACAGAGAGUGAUGAACAGUUGAGCAGCGCUGCUGAGGUCCUGGUCUUGAUUACUGACGAGAAUGAUUGUGCCCCAGAAUUCCUGCAGUCCAUCUACAGCAAAGAAAGCGUCCUGGAGACAGUUACCACGGCAACCUCAUUGCUGCAGGUGUCAGCCAAUGACUGUGACUCUGGUCCAAAUGCUGAGAUUGUCUAUUACACUCUGAGUCCUGAUUUUAGUAUCUCCUCUCAUGGAACUAUCUUCCCAGCCAAACAACUUGACUAUGAAAGGCCUAAUCAUCUUUAUGAAUUUGUCAUUAUGGCGGUGGACAAGGGAGAGAUCCCGAAGACUGGAACUGCGACCAUCCGUAUACGUAUGUCUAAUGUCAAUGACGAAGCACCAGAGUUUUCUCAACCCAUCUAUCGGACAUUUGUCUCAGAGGAUGCUGGGCCUGGUACUUUAGUAGCAACUGUGCAGGCAAAAGAUCCUGAUGGUGAUGGAGUGACAUACAAAAUUACCAUAGGGAACGAAGAAGGAAACUUUGUUAUUGACAGCCAAAAAGGAUUAAUACGUCUUCGAUCGAAUCCACCCCCCAUCCUUCAGGGAAUCGAGUAUAUCCUUAAUGUUACAGCAACUGAUGAUAAUGCGUCAGGAGGGCCACAACCCCUCAGCAGCAUGGCACAAGUGAUUGUGGGAAUCAAUGAUGUGAACAACAACAAACCUAUUUUUGAAAAGUGCCAGCAUUAUCGGGAACAUGCCACAGUAUUAGAGAACCAGCCUACAGGGACCUAUGUGCUACAGGUGCACGCUGAUGAUGCUGAUGAGGGAGCCAAUGGAAAAGUCACUUAUGGAUUCAUGCACAAAGAUGGUACAGUGCCAGCAUUUAGCAUUGAUCCCGAGACAGGAGUGAUUACAACUGCAAGGACAUUUGACCGAGAACAGCAAAGGGAGUAUGCUGUCACUGUCACAGCCACAGACCAAGCUGCUGAACCUCUUAUCGGAAUCUGCCAGUUGAACAUUCUCAUCCUCGACCAGAACGAUAAUGAUCCCAAGUUUGAAAAUCUACAUUAUGAUUAUUUUCUGAGAGAAGACACCCUGAUUGGCACUAGUUUUCUUCGUGUUGCCGCUCAUGAUGAUGAUUACAGCACUAAUGCUGCCAUCACCUACUCUUUGUCAGGAGAACAGCCAGAGUACUUUCGCGUUAAUCCCAUUACUGGUUGGAUUUAUGUGAAUGAACCUAUAUCACAGAGAUCUUACAUCGCACGUAAAAUAAUAGCAACGGAUGGUGGAAAUCGGAGCAGCUCAGUUGAUCUGGCAGUGACCAUCACUAACGUCAGGAAUCAGCCUCCACAAUGGGAGAAAGACAGCUAUGAAGUGGUUAUCCCAGAAAAUACCAUGCGAGAUACACCCAUUGUGACAAUCAAAGCCAUUUCCCCUUUAGGAGACCCGCGGGUGACAUAUAACUUAGAAGACGGACUUGUUCCUGAAACAAAUAUGCCUGUGCGUUUCUAUCUAACCCCAAACCGGGAAGAUGGUUCUGCAUCCAUUCUUGUGGCUGAGCCGCUGGACUAUGAGGUCACCAAGAACUUUAUGUUGAGGGUUCGAGCACAGAACGUUGCAGUUGUGCCCCUUGCAGCUUUUGCCACAGUCUACAUUAACCUUACAGAUGUGAAUGACAAUGUUCCUUUUUUCACAUCUUCAAUAUAUGAAGCCACAGUCACAGAAGGAGCAGAAAUAGGAACUUUUGUCCUUCAAGUUUCAGCCAAUGACCUUGACUUGGGUCUCAAUGGAAAAAUUUCUUAUUCUUUACUAAAUGAUAGAAGUGGAGACUAUCAAUUCUUCAGAAUUGAUUCCCAGACAGGGGUCAUUUACACAGAGGCAGUGUUUGAUCGGGAAUUAAAGGGCUCCUAUCUUUUAGAAGUAAAAUCAAUGGAUGGAUGGGAAUCUGCCAGGCCUGGAAAACAUGGCCAACCCAAUUCAGACACGGCAUAUGUGCGCAUUUUUAUCAGUGAUGUGAAUGAUAACAAGCCCGUCUUUGCUCAGAGUGUCUAUGAAGUCAGCGUAGAUGAGGAUGGAGAUGUUGGCUUCAGUGUUAUCACUGUCAGUGCUAAUGAUGGAGAUGAAGGAGCCAAUGCUAAAUUGAGGUACCAGAUCACAUCUGGAAAUAUUGGUGGUGUCUUUGAUGUUGAACCAGAAGUUGGCACCAUCUUUAUUUCUCAACCUCUGGACUAUGAGCAAGUCAAAAGAUACAAGUUACAUCUGUUGGCUUCUGAUGGAAAAUGGGAAGAUUAUGCCAUUGUCAUCAUCAAUGUUGUUAACAAAAAUGAUGAAACACCAGUGUUUUCAAUGAAUGAAUACUAUGGGAGUGUCACAGAGGAAUUAGAUGGUUCUCCGGUGUUUGUGCUUCAGGUGACAGCAACAGACCCAGAUAAGGAUGCAGAUCAAGGUGCACUGCGAUACUCUCUGCAUGGACAAGGAGCAGAGACUGAGUUUAUAAUUGAUGAGGUGACAGGAAAAAUCUAUGCCCAGAAGACGCUCGAUCGGGAGGAACGUGCUGUCUGGCGUUUUGUUAUUUUGGCGACUGAUGAAGGUGGAGAAGGACUGACUGGAUUUACUGAUGUCAUUAUUAAUGUUUGGGAUAUUAAUGAUAAUGCCCCAGUUUUUAUGUGUAUGCCUGACAACUGUAAUGGAAAUGUGCUGGAAAACUCCCCAGCGGACACAUCUGUCAUGGAAAUGACAGCAACUGAUCUGGAUGAUACAACCGUGGGCCAAAAUGCUCUGUUGACAUAUAAAAUUGCAGGAAAUGCUAAGAAUGGAAUCAACUUUGACUUGUUUAGCAUAAAUCCAUCAACUGGGACCAUUUAUGUGGCACUUGGCACACUAGACAGGGAAAAAAUGGACAAAUAUUUCCUUGUUGUGGAAGCAAAAGAUGGAGGUGGAAUGACAGGUACAGGUACAGCUACAAUUUGGGUAUCUGAUGUUAAUGACCAUGCCCCAAAGUUCACUCAGCAUUCCUGCAAUACAAGAAUCUCAGAAAACAGUGAAAUUAACUCUGCUGUUUUAGAUGUUUCAGCAACAGAUGCAGAUACUGGUGAAAAUGCACAGUUGACAUUUAGCAUUAUAAGUGGAGAUCCAGAACAGAAAUUCUACAUUGAAAGUUACCGGAAGGAGCAGCGUGGAAUAUUAAAACUGAAGAAGAGUUUAGAUUAUGAGAAAUCCAAUGAACAUUGGUUUAAUUUGACCAUAAAAGUAGAAGAUUUAGAUUUUUCCAAUGUGAUCCAUUGCGUUAUAGAGGUGGAUGAUUACAAUGAUCAUGCUCCAGUAUUCAUUCCCCAGUUUUACCAGUUGAGUCCGUUACCUGAAAAUAUCCAGAUUGGUACCAGUAUUACAAAAAUAACAGCCACUGACACUGACUCUGGUCACAAUGGGCAGAUUUCAUACAGUAUUCUUGCAGACUCCGAUCCAUAUGGACAAUUUGUUGUUGAUCAAGCUGGGCAUGUCAUUGUGUCAAAUAGUCUGGAUCGGGAAACAGUGGCACAGCAUUAUAUUAUCGUUUUGGCUACAGAUCAGGGUGAACCUCCUCAAACAGGCAGCGCCACUGUGCAGUUGUCUCUUAUAGAUGUCAAUGACAAUGCUCCAGAGUUUGAAAGUGCCUACAUGCCUGUUGUGUGGGAGAAUGUGCCAGGGCCACAGAUUGUGAAAAUGAAUCAGACUUCUCAAUUGCUGCAUGCCAUAGACAGAGAUGUUAAUUUAAAUGGCCCACCAUUCUCCUUUUCCUUACCUGUUGACUUUCCAAGCAAUUCAAAUUUUACCUUGACAGACAAUGGAGACAAUACUGCUACAAUCACAGCAUUAAGGAAAUUUGAUAGAGAGAUACAAAAAGAGUUUUAUCUUCCUAUUAUAAUGAAGGAUAGUGGAAAUCCACCACUGACUACCACUAAUACUCUUACAAUUACCAUAGGAGAUGAAAAUGACCAUCCUCAUCAACCUGGAUUUAAGGAAAUCUACAUAAAUAGUCAUCGAGGGAGAAUGCCAACAACUGUUUUGGGAAGAGUGUAUGCUCCAGACCCAGAUGAUUGGGAUAACAAAACAUAUACCUUUGAGGGACAUAUACCAAAAUACUUCAUACUGAACAAAAGAACGGGGUUUCUUAUGAUAAAAGAAAAUGCGCCACAGGGAACUUUUGAAUUCAAAAUCAGAGUAUCUGACAGCAUUUGGCCUGAUGCUGUAUCCAGAGUCAAGGUACAUGUCAGAGAACUCAGAGAUGAAGCUAUUCAUAAUUCAGGCUCUGUACGUCUAUCAGAUAUCACAGCAGAAGAGUUUGUUCAGAAGAGGCUAGAGGGAAAGAGCAGAUAUGAACUCUUCAAAGAGAUCCUGGCCGAAAUCCUGUCGGUUCACCCAGAUAAUGUGAACCUGUUCAGUGUCUUGAAUAUUAGAGGCAGGCAUACAGACUUGAGAUUCUCUGUGCAUAGCUCCACAUAUUUCAGACCGGAAAAGCUGCAUGCUUAUGUAGCAGCUUAUAAGCAAAAGCUACAGUCAGUUCUUCAGGUAAACAUCAGCCAGGUCCACAUUGACGAGUGUCCACAGGCAAACUGCAGGGAGAAUGCUGGCUGCUCCAAUCACCUGACAGUCAGUGACAUACCCACUGUAGUGGAUUCGGGAAAUGUGUCCUUGGUGUCUCUGACAGUGAUGGUCACUGCAGUUUGUGCUUGCAGCAAUCGGGAACAUAUACACCAGUCAUGUGCCUCUUACCCACGAAACCCUUGCCACAAUGGAGGUAUUUGUGUGGACAGUCUCAAUGGAUAUAGGUGCCAAUGCCCAUCACAGUUUGAAGGCCCAGACUGUCAGCAGACCAAACACAGCUUCCACGGUGAUGGUUAUGCCUGGUUUCCUCCCUUGAGACCUUGUUUCGAUAGUCACCUCUCUCUAGAAUUUAUAACAGAGGUUGCAGAUGGGCUGUUGCUUUACACAGGCCCUGUGGCAGAUCUGGAAUUGUGGGACCCUGAAGAUUUCAUGGCAAUUGAGCUUAUAAAUGGAUCAGUGACCCUGAAAAUAAACCAUGGUUCCGGCACUUUGGUAUUGCAGCUGCCAACAAACAUUAACGUGGCAGACAGACGCUGGCACCAGCUAGACAUUAGAAGCAAUGGAAAGGAGUUGCGUUUGACUUUGGACCAAUGUAGCAAUGCAGCAGUUAUGGAAAUUGAAGGUUUAGGAACAUGGCUAUCUUCAGAAGACUAUGCUUCCUGUGAAGUUAUCGGGACAACACCAAAUCAGGACCGAUUUAUGAAUGUCAAUCAAGUUUUGCAACUUGGAGGCGUUAAAGAGACAUUACCGUACAGUUACCAUCAGUUACAGAACAAGCACUUCACAGGUUGCAUCCGGAAUUUGGUAAUUGACAGCAAGUUCUAUGAUCUGGGGUCACCCGCAGAGUCUCUGAACAGCUCUCCUGGAUGUGUGACAACUGACAGUAACUGCAUGAAUAUGGGCUACCCAUCUUGCGGGCCUCAUGGGAAAUGCCAAGGAGAAUGGGGAUCUUUCAGUUGCCAGUGUCUACCUGGAUUUGGUGGUCACCAGUGUGAGAAAGCAGUUCCUGAGUAUUCAUUUGAUGGUAGGAGUCACAUCCAUUAUUUGCUGGCUGCACCACAGCCCACUAGAAAGACUACCGUGCAGGUUUUGAUUCGGACUCGAAGGCACAGCAGUGUCAUCAUGAGUGUAACGUCCAAAGACCAGACAGAAUACCUGCGUUUAGAGGUUGUCCAGGGCCUGCUGUCUGUUUUUUAUAACCUUGGCGAUGGGGAUUACAGCAUGAAGCUACCAUCUUACCGCAUUGAUAAUGGGGAAUGGCAAGCAUUGCACCUUGAUCGUCAUGACAAUGAAUUCACAUUGCGCCUGAAUGGAGGUGGUGGCCGAAGGGAAAUGACCAAGUCUAUUGCCACCAAUCGGGAAAUCAUCAUUGAUCCCAGUACUCUGGUACUGGGAAAUGUCUUCCCUUUCAGUCACAACAAAAGCUUUCAAGGGUGCAUGCGAGACUUCCGACUCAAUAACCAACGUAUGCCACUUGACAGUCAAAGCAAGGAAAUGGUGUCCAUCGUGAGUGCACAAGGGGUCACUUUAGGAUGUUCCUCUGAUGCAUGCAAAAAGAAUCAGUGUGGUUAUCCCUUUGUUUGUGUUGAUCUCUGGAGGAUGUACGAGUGCAGAUGCCCCUCUGGCCACAUGGUGAUGGAAAACUCUACAGGCCGAUUCUGCAUCUACACAUUGUGUGCCAACAGACCCUGCCACCAUGGCACCUGCAUUGCCCAGUCCCCAUCCAAAUUUAACUGCCACUGUCCAGAAGGCUACGCAGGGCGUCACUGUGAAAUCACUCUGGCAAUUUACCGGGAUGAUGUUGGCCUCAGUUUCAGCUCAAUGUUUGCUAUCUGCAUUUGUUUCCUGGCACUUCUAGUGCUGCUUUUGGGAAUAUUCCUAUGGACACGCUGGAAGAGCUAUAAAGGCCUGAAAGAGGGUGUUUACCAUGUAUCUGCACACCAUGAUGGCUGGGAAGACAUCCGUGAGAACGUGCUGAACUACGAUGAGGAAGGGGGAGGAGAACAGGACCAGAACGCCUACGACAUGGCAGAACUACAAAAAUCCCUCCAGCCCAGUCCAGCUCCUUCAGUCUAUACUAGGCCCGGGGGAUCGCAUCGCCAGCAGGAAAAAGCACCUCUGCGAAGAGAUGUUCCACCUUCAAAAAAUCAGCUGCAAGGUAUUUUUAACCCAUCCCGAAAAAGUCUGUCAUUCUCCAGCCAGGAUCUGGCUCGCUAUUUAUGCGACAUCAUUAGAGACACCGAUCAGCGCCAGGAAGUGCCCCCCUUUGAUUCACUGCAGGUCUACUCCACGGAAGGAGGUGGCUCGCUGGCAGGGAGCCUCAGCUCAUUCAGCUCAGCUGGCCUGGAAGAGGACAAGAGCUAUGAUUACCUUGAGGAGUGGGGGCCUCGGUUUGAGAAGCUCAAAGCACUUUACGAGCGAGCCGAGGCCAGUGAUAUUUGAACCAGCUCUCAGAGAACGGAUGGCACUUCGAAAGCCAGACAAAGUUGCUAAGCGUUUCAUGUGUAGCUAAUUCUCAACUUUCAGCAAUCUGUGAAACCGAGAAGGCUUUUUGAACACAAUUUGUAGUACAAUGCAACUUGGCAUAAUAUAAAGCCAAAAAAAAAAGAAGAAGCGCAAGUUUUUAAGAGAAAGGAACAAGUCCUGUUAAGAUUAUUCAGUUCUUGUUAUAUUGGAUAGCCUGGGGAAACUUGGAUACAGCAUAUUCCGUUUGAAUGGAAUAUGGAAGUUCAAUGAAAAUGUAAAUCUACAUAUCUGAAGUUUUUUUUUUAAACUUAAGUAAAUGUAUGUAUGUACAAAGACAAGCCCGUCUCGUUAAGACUUUUGCCCACCAGCGGACUAUGAAAGGCUUGUAAUGAUGCACUAUGAGUGUGUCAGAAUAUAUAAAAUACCUGCUUAUCUAUGUGUGUGUGCGUGUGUGUGUGUGUGUAUACAGGGUAUAUAUAAAUAUAUUUAUAUACAUAUAUAUAUAUAUUAAUGUGCACACACACACACAGUCUUAUUUUGAAAGUUCAAUUUUAAAUUAAUAUUCUUAAUAGAAAAAGGCAAUGUUCUUCUAUACAAUAUAAGUUCCAUCAUUGUCGAGACAACUUUAAUUUAAUUUCAGAAUCCAUUGAGACGGGCUGACCAGUCUUGAGAACACUUUCAUUCAGCCAGCGUUGGAUCGAGAAGAGCCUAUAAUUAUACACAAGGGAAAGGCCAACAUCGGAAUAAUUUUAUUCAUCAUACGGACCAUAAAAAAAAAAAUGUGCCUCUCCCACGAGACUGUGUUUGAUGUGCAGUAUGUUCCAUACGUAGAAAUGUUUUUGUUCUCCAUUAAAUAUCCCCCCUGUCAGGGUCAGAUGCCCCGCUGUAAUAAUGACUGUUGUCUUAAGGUGUAUGGUAUUUUUGCUUUGCAUUAUUUAUCUGCUCCAAAGUGGACCCAUACCCUCAUGAAGGUAUCCCUGAAGCAAUUUGCUUUACAUGUGAGUAUUUUUUAAAAACAAAUAUUUAAAAUUUUAUGAAAAAUGGGCCUUUUGUCUCUGUCUGCCGAAGGCAAUUUUGCUCUUUUAAGUUUUAGGAUGGUUAAAUCUGUCAUAUUUGUCCAAAGCAAGUAGGUUAAAGCAGUGAUUAGCUUAAAAGCCUAUUAGAGGAGUCACAGAGCAGAAUGUUAAGUCUGGUGGGCUGUGAUCACAGUAUGGUACAGAUUAUCAAACAAAAUGUUUACAGCAGCUCCUUUUCUCAUCCCUUUUGAUAGAUGAAAUACUGUUACGUUCUUUAAUGUUGUUCCCUGAAGAGAGACAUUUAUCUAGCAUGGCUAUAUUUUUUAACAGGGAUACUAAGUGUGAGGGGGUCACUUAGUUGACACUAGAAUGGUCCCAGUGCACAGACUCACUUCUGAAGGGGAUUCAGUUGCAGGCUAGUCCUGUAUAUACGGUCUGAUGUGCAAGAGCUGCAGACAGUUAACCAAGAAAUGUGAGUUUCUGUCGGUUCUGCAACGCGGAAACCCUACUUUCUAGAUAUAGUGGGUGGUUGGAGGGGGGCACAACUGGUAAAUUGGUUCAAUGUCAAGAGCUUUCUUUUUGAUUGAAAUGAGACAUCUAAAUUAUGCUGAAAGCUAUUUUGAUUUUCUUUGAAGUCUGUUUUGUUGUAAAAUGAAAUCAGCCUGCCGAAAAGCUGGGGCAGAUUAGAUUUAUUUCAAUGCAUACAAGGGGGCAGGGGAGGUUACAUCAUGGUUUUAAAUUGUACAUCUCCACUAAAAAAGGGAAAAACUUCCAUGUGAAAUCGCAGUGCAGUCAAAAAUAAAAUUAAAAUGUAAUUUGGGAGAUACGAAUCUGAAGCUAAAGGCUGGAAAGUCUUGUUUUAAAACUGGUAGCAACUGUUUCAUUUAUUUUUAAAUUCCUUU